CAAGCGCACCUAGAAUUCCGGUGUGGACAUGCACAUUUCCGUUCAACGAUUUUGAAAGCGAAAGAAGACCUGCAAUAAACACUUAUCACUCAAAUAAAUCAAUGGCAGACCCCCAAAGAUUUGAUGGCAUGUUGCUUGCUAUGGCACAGCAGUGCGAUGGUGGAAUACAGGAGUUGAUUAGUGCCUUCUUUAGUUUCUUAUUAAGAAAGACAGACUUUUACACCGGAGGACUGAGAGGAGAUGGUGAAAAGAUGAUUAUGAAUUCUUUUAAACGUUACCAGGAUAUGGCAGAACAAAAAAUAGCAGAGAUAAAAAAAGAAAAAGAUGAAGAGGAACAAAAGAGGAAAGAGAGAAUUGCCAAGAAAAAACAAAAGGAAGAGGAAGAGAGAAAGAAAAUGGAAGAAGAGCCAAAAAUUAAAGAAAUUACAGAUGAAGAAGCUGAAAAAAUACAACAAGAGAUAGAACAGCAAAAAGAUGAUAAAAAAGAAGAAAAACCUGCAGAGGAAGAUAAGAAAGAAGAAACAAAAGAGGAAGAGAAAAAGGAAGAUGAAGAUGAGGAAGAUGAGAAAGACAAAGGGAAGUUAAAACCCAAUGCAGGAAAUGGUGCUGACUUAGAAAAUUACUCUUGGAGACAAACACUAGAUGAAGUUGAGGUGAAAAUACCAUUUAAAGUAUCUUUUCCAGUGAAACCUAAAGAUGUUGUUGUUGAUAUUCAGAAAAAGAAAUUAAAGGCAGGGUUAAAAGGUCAUCCACCAAUAAUUGAUGGUGAAACAUAUAAUAGUAUAAAAAUAGAAGAAUCAACGUGGAUUAUUGAAGAUAGAAAAUGUUUAGUUCUUACAAUACAGAAGGUGAAUGCAAUGGAAUGGUGGAGUAGAGUAGUCACUACAGAACCAGAAAUUAAUACCAAAAAAGUAAAUCCAGAAAAUUCAAAGCUUGGAGAUUUGGAUGGAGAAACCAGAGGUGUGGUGGAGAAAAUGAUGUAUGACCAAAGACAGAGAGAAAUGGGAUUACCUACAUCAGAAGAUCAAAAGAAACAAGAUGUUUUAGGAAAAUUUAUGAAACAGCAUCCAGAGAUGGACUUUUCGAAGUGUAAAUUCAAUUAACCGUUUCAUUCAUUGUUCAUGCCAUUUUGUACUAUCAAUCCAAUAUGUAAUUAACUUAAUUGAAUUGUGUAUGCAAAUAUCAUAAGAGUUCAGUGUCAGAUUAUGUUCUUUGACAUUCAUUUCUGUUAUUUAUAGUUAUUUAAAGUUCUUUUCACGUCGUUAAUAGAACUUAGCUAUGGAUGUGAAUUAUUGUUAAAGGAUAAAUGCACAACAAAACUUAAAUUUUUGAAGAACAAUAUUUUACCUAACAAUAUCAAAUGGAUUGGCAGUGUAUGUGGGUUUUGGGAAAAAGUUGCACAUUUAAUUGUUCACUCAUACUUAUAAUGCAUGAAAUAAUUGCCACUGGACAUUAUACAAACAACAAUUUAUCAAUCAUUCUAUCACAAACUUGUUUUGUUAGGUUUGUAUUACUUGACAUGACAGUUAUAAGAGGGAGUGGGGUUAUUGAGCUACAUAUAUGGUUAAUGCAUAGACUUUUUACAAAUUCCAUUCCUGACAUUGCCUUGGUAACUAGUUAUUAGGACUAAUACGAUCUUUAUAAAUUUUAUUGAAAUAAGAUUGUCAUUAAAUUAAGUAAAGAUUUAUCUUUUUGGUUUAAUAAUCAGUGUUUACAAAAUUCUGGUAAAGAGGUUUUCAUAAAGACAUACAAUAAAAACAAGCCUUAUGUAAGAGUUGCUUUAUAGAAAUUUAAAUUCAAGCAAAAGUGUCAAAAAUUUCUCAAUUGCAAAGAAUUGUAAGAUCAUUUGUAUAUAAAGGACAACAAAGUAUGGUUGCAGCAAUACACAGUAUAGUCAGUAAUUAAAUCCAGUUAUUUUUUUGAAUCACUUUGAGUUUUAAUUUUUUUUUUCAAAGAUUGUAGGUAUAAAUAAUUAGUAAAUACAUGCCUUUAGAUAAUAAAUGGCAGCACUGCAUAGAGACCAUAUCAUAAUUUUACUUUACCCUCCUUCACAGAAAAUAUCUGCAUCAUAUUAAACUGCAUGGCCAGUUACAAAUCAUUCUCAUUGUAAAUGUUGCAUGUUAUUACAUCAUUUGUCAUAGAUUUAUUUGUGGUUAAUAAUGUGAAAAUGUGACUCAAACUCCAGCCACAGUUUGUCACCUGGGAAUUUCUUGUUAAAAGCGAGACAGUGUAGGUUACAUAGAAUUUGUAAUUGUUAUUUGACAAACAUGUACGAACUACAUGUUGUUUUUUUUUAAUCUUGAGUUCAUUUGUUUCUGAUAUAUGUAAUGUUGUUAAGGCAUAAUUUUAUUAUAUAUAACAAUACAGGCAAUAUUCAUAUGCAUGUAUGUAUAAAAGACUCAAAUGCAAGUAGAAAGGGGUUCACACAAUACUGUAAAUAGGUUCUAUUUGAUCUUUGAUAGUAAGAUGUAAAAUAAUACACAUUAAAGAUGAUUAUUUUGAA